AUGAGAACACAACGUCCUGUUGGAUUGGAGGCUUCUUCUGCUGCUUCCCAAGAAGAGGAUCCGGUGUUGGGCCCCAAGGUGGUAUCGGCGUGGAAGAACGUGGAUGAAGUCAUGUCGCGCAAUGAUCAGGAGGCUUUGAGUGUCCUUCACGAACUGCGUGAAUCGCUGCAGCGCUUGGAAUCGGUGGUCGAUGCAAAACAACACCAAGAGAAGCAACCUGUCGUGGCCGUAACGCACGCCGUGGUGACAGCCUUGGAUACCAUGGACGCCCAGCAAGUACAGACGAAUCCACAAGCUCUCAAGACACUCCAAGUCCUCAGUCGAUCCGUCAAGGCCGUCGUCACACAAAAGAAGACACCACAAGUACUACCGGUAGUAGAAGAACAACAGCAAGAAGACCCACAAGUCCAAGCACUCAUUCGGCAAUUGGCCACCAACGAGGCGCAAGAGUUCCAACAACGCGAAUCACGCAUUCAAGCCGCCAAAGAGAAUGCCAAUCACGUCACCAUGGCAGCCAAGUGGGAUCAACAACAACAGCAUGUCAUGCCACCCAAGAAACAAACAACUCCUAAGCAAAUGGUGGUCGAUGCCACUACCAGCCGCGUGGCCGCACAAGAACUCACCAAAUUUGCCCAAACCCAAGCCCGUCUGGGAACUGCUAUGGAAGAAUUGGCGUUUUGGGCUCAGCAAGCCAAAUUGGAUCUUCAACAGGCAUCACCCAUUGUACCAACCGCCGAAGAACUCGAGUCCACCACGCCCGAGUCCAGUUCGUUGCCCACCAUGCCACACGAUCCUGCCGCUGAUGCCCUCGUGGCACAAUUGGCGUCUCUGGAAGCCACACAACAUGCCACGAAACAAGCCCGCAUUCAACACGCGCUCGAAGAUGCCAAUCAUGUCACCAUGGCCGCCAAGUGGGAUAUGCAGCAACAGCAUCCUGCUGUACCUCGCAAGACUGAAUUGCCUUUGCUGCAACCCGAUGAAGAAGCGGCCCAUCUCGUGGCACAAUUGGCGGCCAUGGAAGCGGCCGAAUUGGCGGCACGAGAUGCACUUGUGGACAAGGCUAAAUUGGCGUCGCAGCACAUGAUGAUGCAAGACAAGAUAUCCAUGCAGCAGCAAUCUGUUGUUCCUGAGAAGAAGGAACCAACCGUUCCCACCAUUUUGAUUCCUCGCUAUGGUAAUGUCAUCCAUAACAAGAAGAAACUGGAAGAAGACACCAAACUGGAAGAAGAAGACAAUGACGAGCUGGAAUACAAGCAAGAUCUAUUGGAAUCUGUCGUGGAAGCGUCCGAAACCAUUCUGGAAGAAAAAGAGGUUCCACAAGUCGUCGCAGCAGCAACCACCGACGACGAAACAGAAGCACUCGUCACCCAACUGGCAUCCAUGGAAGCCAAGGACUAUGCCAUUCAGCAAUCUCGUAUUGAAAAAGCCAAGGAAGAUUCCAACUUUGUUACGAUGCAAGCCAAACUGGAUCAGCAACAGAAAGAGACGCCAGCGGCAAAACAAGCCAUUCCGACCAUGCAACAACAACAACAGGAUGAAGCCACGCGAUUGCUCGUGGCACAAUUGGCCGCAAAAGACGCAUUGGAACACCACGAAAAACAAGCGCGCAUCGAAUACGCCAAGGAUUUGUCCGAGUUUGUCACCAUGACGGCCAAAUUGGACCAGCAGCAACAACAGCCAGUGGAAGAAGACGACUCGGCUGCCUUGGUGGAACAACUGGCAGCAUUGGAACGGGCAGAGAUGAAUGCCAAGGAAGAACAUAUUCGAUUGGCCAAAGAACGAGGUGGAGAAGUGGUGCCCAUCAAGGUCAUGUGGGACGAGGACAAGGAUGAUGACAACAAGGUAGAAGAGGAGGAGGACGAUUCGGCUGCUUUGGUGGCGCAGCUUGCGGCAUUGGAGCGUUUCGAAUUCGAGGCCAAAGAAGAACGCAUUCGACAGGCCAAGGAGCAAGGAGGAGAAGUGGUGCCAGUCAAGGUCAUGUGGGAGGAGGACGACGAAACUGUGGAUGAUAGCAGCGACGACAAGAACAAGGUAGAAGAGGAAGACGAUUCAGCUGCUUUGGUGGCACAACUUGCAGCCAUGGAGAAGGCCGAGUUUGAAGCUAGGGAAGAAUAUAUUCGAUUGGCCAAGGAGCAAGAGGGGGAAGUUGUGCCAGUCAAUGUGGACGACGAAGAAAUUGUGGAUGACUCGGCAGCUUUGGUGGCACAACUUGCAGCCAUGGAGAAGGCCGAGUUUGAAGCCAGGGAAGAAUAUAUUCGAUUGGCCAAGGAGCAAGAGGGGGAAGUUGUGCCAGUCAAUGUGGACGACGAAGAAAUUGUGGAUGACUCGGCAGCUUUGGUGGCACAACUCGCAGCCAUGGAGAAGGCUGAGUUUGAAGCCAGGGAAGAAUAUAUUCGAUUGGCCAAGGAGCAAGGAGGAGAAGUUGUUCCAGUCAAUGUUGUUAUUCAAGAGGACGACAUUGUGGAGAAGCGUCUUUCCACGAUUGACAUUGACGCUGAGGUUCACACCUUUUUGGUCAAUCUUUUGGAUGAAGAAACCGCUGACCUUGUGACCACACUUGCGGCACAACAAGAGCAAGCCGAAAUGGCAGCCACCAAGGAGGUCAUGGAGGCAACUCAAGAAGCAUCGGAAGCGGCCGCACGAGAGGUCGAGCUCUAUGAACAAGCCAUUCAGGAUAUCCAAAGCAAUUCUACCUUCCUCGAUACUAUUAGUAGUAUCAAGAUUGACGACAAUAAUCUUGAUGAUGAGGACGGUGACAAUGUGAUGGUCGAUGAAGUCAUCGUAGACGACAGUGACGAAUUGUUGCUCCAAGAGAUCAGGGAGAUGGCUGCUGUGGAAGACGAGAUCUCGGAGGAUGAAAUCAAGGCGACAGAAAAAGCACCUAGCAAGGAGCCACCAGCGUUUUUCUUUGCAAGCAAGAAGAAGAAAAUGGAGGUCAAGACCGCGGAGAUUAUCCAGGGACCAAUUGAAAACGAGAUUGAAGAAGAGCCCGUGAUGGAAAAGUCUCCUGGACAAGAACUGGCGGCGAAGGAACAUGAUGAAGUACAGCUAGAGUUGACGGAGUUGUUUGAGGAUGUUAGCUUUGGUUUCAAGGAAGUAAAAAGCUCCCUGGCCAAGCUGCUGAGCCGUGGAAACUCUACAACAGGAGGCGAGGAAAGCGACGACCAAUGGGAUGGUUUCACGCCCUAA